AUGCGACGCUGUUUAAUUGUUCUGGUUGCUAUAACACUUGUUUUCUUUACAACGAAUGCAGAAACAGAUAUUCGUCAACGAUUUGAAGGCUUAAUUGGUAAGAGUGUUCAUAUUGCAUGGCAUCAAAUUGAUCGUGAAGCACCCGGACGACCAAUUGAAAUCAUACGUGAGAGUUCUCCUCAAUCCAAUCGAGCAAUUACGCCCGGCUACGUUCGCGUCAUUCUCAGCGACGAAACUGGUCAAGUUCUCUACACUCCGAUCUUGCAGCCCGAGUGA